UCACACUGAGGCAUAUCAAAACGAGCGGAUAGUGAGGAGUGAGUGGUCUGUGAUUGCUGCACUUUGUUGUGUCAAAUCGCCUUCAGGAUGGUCUCAUCUUAUCCUUUACCGGAGGGCUUCUCCGAGUUUGAUGUGUUCUCCCUGGGAUCUUGUCUGCUGGUGGAGGGUCUGCUCGGAUUCUUCCUAAAUGCGGUCACAGUGGUUGCUUUCCUCAAAGUCAGAGAACUGCGGACCCCCAGUAAUUACCUAGUAUUCAGCUUGGCACUGGCUGAUAUGGGCAUCUCCAUGAACGCCACCAUUGCCGCUUUCUCCAGCUUCCUGAGGUACUGGCCGUAUGGCUCUGAUGGAUGCCAGACUCACGGUUUCCAGGGCUUUGCGACAGCGCUCGCCAGCAUCCACUUCAUCGCCGCCAUUGCAUGGGACAGAUAUCACCAGUACUGCACAAGGACCAAACUACAGUGGAGCAGCGCCAUCACUCUGUCUAUAUUUAUCUGGCUGUUCACUGCCUUCUGGUCUGCCAUGCCCCUCAUCGGCUGGGGAGAAUAUGACUAUGAGCCACUCAGGACCUGCUGCACUCUGGACUACAGCAAGGGAGACAGGAACUAUGUGUCCUUCCUGAUCCCCAUGAGCAUCUUCAACAUGGCCAUCCAGGUGUUUGUUGUCAUGUCCUCUUACCAGGCCAUUGCCCAGAAAUUCAAGAAGACCGGAAACCCCAGGUUCAACGCUAACACUCCUCUCAAGACCAUGCUGUUCUGCUGGGGCCCCUACGGCGUCCUGGCUUUCUAUGCCGCUGUGGAGAAUGCCAACCUGGUCUCUCCAAAGCUCAGGAUGAUUGCUCCUAUCCUGGCCAAGACCUCUCCCACCUUCAACGUGUUCCUGUACGCCUUGGGAAAUGAGAACUACAGAGGAGGCAUCUGGCAGUUCCUCACCGGGGAAAAGAUUGAAGUGCCUCAAAUUGAGAACAAGUCCAAAUAAACUAAGCAUGUAAUAAUUACACACACUCA